GUACGUCGACAGGUGGCAUUAGUGUCGCUAGUGGUGGAAUUGCGGCGUGACCGCGUUCGAAUAAGAUAUAUAUCAAUCGGUGUCGCCGGUUAAUACCCUUUCGACGGUGUCACGGCGGAGUGAACACCGUUCGACGACAUCGUUGCUCGCUGGAUGAUUUUCAUCGCAAUGUUCCACUCGUGGACGUGUCGAUUGCCGCACACUUUUCCUUACGCUAUCGUGGUUGCAUCAGUGUUGAUGAUACUCGCGCAUGCGCAGAGAGAAGGUGAUGAGCCAGUCGCGAGCGAGUCGCGAAAAGGCGGCGAAUCUAAAUCAAAAUCCAACGAAGAACUGUUCAAGAAAUUAUUUGCUCAACGACGAAAAGAUCACAUUGAAGCUGUGCAGACUCUUUUAAAGAUGGAUAAUUACGAGCGUCUGUACAAAAUGAUCGCAAUGCUAGCCGAGAAGGUAAUGGAGGUCAUUGAAUCGAGUAAGAGUGUCCUCGAGAAGGCCGGUUUCCUACAGCACAACAGUUCUUUUCCAGAAGACACCAACGUCAAAGAUGCAUUGUCUAGCAUCCUGGAGAACAUCGCGCUCUUCGGAGACAUCAUUUUGCAUCUGCCGGACAUCACUCAUAGGAUACUAAGAACACAGCCGGGAUGGAACUCCACAUUACACUGGUCCCUGAAUUUCGCCAAUCAAACGCGGUAUUUGCUGAACAAGUCGACCAUCACGAUGUUUCGUUUGGUCGAACAGGAGUUGAAUAUUACGGAACGCGAUCCGGCCUAUUUGAAUCCGUAUAGGAGUGCUGCGCACGCCGGCCAGCGCGAGGAUUCUAUAAAAAAGAAGUCUGCGAAAAAAGAAAAACGCAAAAAAGGACCACAGAUUACUAAAAUUGAUCUGUGAGCCCUCACCUCCGGCGCUCGCGAGAUUCCUCCGACCGGUUCCUAAAUCGCCUCGUUAAAGACGGGCUCUCUGCGGCGUCGCCAUUAAAAUCCUAGAGAAGGUGAAUACCAUAUCUGAUUCUAAAUCCUACAGGAUAGAUAACGAUGAGCUUCCGAAUGGCUUAAUUCAACGAGGAUUAAGUAUAUUUCAUA